AUUGCUUUCUGUUUAUUUUUUAUCGGGUGUUCCUUUGUGGCCUUCAUAUUAGUUUCGUUGGGACGUUUUUCAUUUUUGUUUUCCACGCUUGAGAGACGACAAUCAACCAACCAUACAUCAAAGGCACGAAAACCCUUUUAAGAUGUCAAAUUUUACAAAUUUAAAGAAAUGUCCAUAUGCUGAAAAAUGUUAUCGGCGAAAUCCUAUUCAUUUCAGUGAAUUUUCUCAUACACACUUGGAUAAUAUAUAUCACGGCGGAUGGGAUUCAGAAUCUAAAGAAUAUACUAUACCAGACGAAUUGUCUCAAAAUGCCGAUGUGAUAUUGCAACAAUUAAAAUUGCUGGAGAAACUUUAUCCAAAAGAUUCCAAGGAGCACAAAAAUAAAAAUGUACAAACAAAAUGCAAAUCAGAUGGAAUGAAAACCGAAAAGAGAGCAAGUUCUCCGAAACCAUCAACCUCUUCUGAUGCUGGCACACGAUCUGAGAUAGAAAGCAGUUCUAACUUGGCAAAGAAACAAAAGAUUACUAAGAAUAUUAGGGAUUAUGUGCCAGUGGUUGUUGAGAAGGGUCAAAUGGCGAGAAAGUUGGAAGCUGCGGCACCGUAUAAUUUCUUCCUAACAGCUAUUACAGACUCAAAACCAACUCACAAUGAACCUUUGACAAUUACUUUGCAAGAGAUUCUCGACGAAAGUUUGGGGACUAUUGUAGAGUCUGUUCAGAUAAACUUCAUGGUGGACAUUGGUUGGUUAUUGGGACACUACUACUUUGCAGGCAUAUUGGAUACGCCCUUGCUUGUCUUGUAUGGCGAUGAUACACCAGAAUUGCAAACUAUUUCAAAGCACAAACCAAAAGUUAAAGCAAUUAAGGUAAAAAUGCCAACGCCAUUCUCUACUUCUCAUACAAAGAUGAUGUUAUUGGCGUACCAGGAUGGUUCAAUGCGUGUCGUUGUGUCAACAGCCAAUUUAUACGAAGAUGACUGGCAUAAUCGCACUCAGGGUGUGUGGAUAAGUCCCUUAUUAGAGCCACUGGCAGAAGAUGCAGACACCGCUGCAGGAGAAAGUCCCACAAAUUUCCGUCAGGAUUUAAUGUUGUAUUUGGUGGAAUAUAAAUAUGCUGAACUUCAACCCUGGAUAGCAAGAAUACGACGAACAGACUUCAGUGCCAUAAACGUGUUUUUUAUUGGAUCUGUACCAGGAGGGCACAGAGAGGGUCCUCGAGGGCAUCCAUGGGGUCAUGGUCGCGUUAGUAGUAUACUUCAAAAGCAUUGCGCUCCAAUUGAUGAGUCUGUACCUGUGGUCUGUCAAAGCUCAAGUAUUGGAAGUUUGGGAGCCAAUGUACAAGCCUGGAUACAAAAUGAUUUUCUCAAUAGUUUGAGGCGAGAUUGUAAACCUCUUGGAAUCCGUAAGUUUCCUCAAUUUAAAAUGAUAUAUCCCAGCUUUUGCAACGUGAGUUCCAGUCACGACGGUAUGUUAGGAGGUGGAUGUUUGCCCUACAGUAGAAAUACAAAUGAUAAACAGCCUUGGUUAAAGUCCUACUUACAUCAAUGGACAUCUAAACUUCGUCAUCGUUCCCGCGCAAUGCCACAUAUUAAGUCAUAUACAAGAUUCAAUUUAGAAGACAAAUCUAUAUACUGGUUUCUUUUGACAUCAGCUAACUUAUCAAAGGCAGCAUGGGGCUCAUUUAAUAAAAAUUCAAGUAUUCAAGCCUGCUUGCGAAUAGCUAAUUUUGAAGCAGGCGUACUCUUUUUACCGAGAUUUGUGAUUGGUGAGGACACUUUUCCACUUGGCACUGUAAGAGACGGUAUACCACCAUUUCCUCUUCCGUAUGAUGUUCCACUGACACCAUACAGUCCUGAUGACAAACCCUUUUUAAUGGAUUACUUACACGAGCUAUAAAUAGUAAAACAAGCUUGAAGAUAUUGCCGUUAUUUUAACUGAUUGAUUCAAAUAAAUAAUUAAUUUCAGGAUCGAA